AGUGCGUUUGGCUCGAAGGCAGUUCAGCAACUGAGAGCAUGUGAAAGGUCAGUCAUAAGAUUGGCAUUUGGAUUCACUCGCGCGCUUGCCGAUGGCUCCACAAGGAGAGGGCGGGCGAGCGUGCCACGCCGAAGAUGCCUCUCCAGCUUCCCCAACCAAGACGCCGCUGUCAAACAUGGCGAAGCUCUUUAGAAAGGGCACUGCAGCCGUAGUCGUGGAUGAUGCGCAUUAUCAGAAGUGCGAAGAUUUGCAAGCACAGGAGAAGGGCAUCCUCAAGCAGUUUUGGGUUCUCCUUGUAGCCACUGCGGUGCUGUCCAGCUCGUUGUCCUUUCUCAUUGACCGCUUUACUUUUGCCGUGGGCCUGCUGCGCUCGGCGCUGACGCUGGGUGCUCCGCUGAAAGCGCUGGGCUUUAACAUUUGUCUCGCUUGUAUGGCCCGCAUCAUUGUGCGUCCAACGAUGGAAGCAGAAGGAAGCGGCUUUCCUGAGAUGAAGGCCAUGCUUUUCGGGAAAGUGCUGUUCAACUACCUGACGUUCCGAGUGCUGGUUUCAAAGGCGCUGGCUCUCUCCUUGGGCGUUGGCGCAGGGCUGCCGUUGGGCAAGGAGGGCCCCAAUGUUCACAUGGCUGCCUGCAUUGCGCGGGUCGUCUGCCCCAGUUUCUUCGAG